AGCAAUACAAACUGCCUGCCACGCAGAGCAACCCACAUUUAUACUCGGCAGGAACUCUUGCUUAUUCACAACUCUCCAUUUCAGCGGUGGUGCCAUCUUGCUCCAUUUCACAGUUCAGCCCAAAGGGUAUUAUAUAGUUCAGGGUUUGCAUUGAAAAUUUAACAAUAUUAAUCUUUGGUUAUAAUGGGAUCAUUCCUCUGACAUGUACUAGGCACUGACUUUACUCUCAACUAGACAAUCAAAAAAGACUGAACAACCCACUUCUACAACAGAAGGGAUAUAUCUCUUUUUUGGCAUUGCAAACCAGCAGAGAGACAACAGAUAAAACCUCAGAUUACCACAUUUGCAUGUAAAUUCUGCUGUGGGAAACAAAUAAUGGAGAAUAACAUGAAAAACAUUUGGCUCACAAAAUCUUUAUCACAAGUGUAUCCAGGUUAAAAAACAUCAGAAAAAAUGAAAAAUGAACAUUGCUUGGUGUUCAUCAGACAUACUGCUUGGACUCCUGCUCAGAAGGUUCAAUUUUUAUUAGAUCAGACCAGAGAAUCUUUUCCCUCAUGCUCUCAAAGUCAUUCGAAUGUCAUUUGCAAACUCCAGACAGGACUUUUACUCAAAGUGGUUUCAUUUUGGCCACUCUGAAGGCCUGACUGAAAAGGUGCUGCUCAGAUGGUCACCCGUCUGGCAGGUUCUAACAGCUCUGCAAAGGACUGAGACCGUGGACUCAGUUAGAGUGACUGCUGGGUUCUUGGUCACAUCCUGACAAGGAUCCAUAGUUGGACUCCAGUCACCUUCUAGACACAUCUCAAGGAAAAUGAAAGCAAACAGGAUGCACCUGGCCACAAUUUGGACUGCCACAGCAAACGGUGUGAAUGCUUUAAUAAAAGAUUUUAGUUUUUGAUUUUUUGAGUUAACAUUUCUAACAUGUUGUACUUUGUCAUUAUGAGUGUACGUUGAUAGGCAAAAAAUGUCAGUUUUAUCCAUUUAAAAAUAAUCUACAAUGCAAUAAAGUGUGCAAAAAAUGAAAGGGUCUGAUUUCCGAACAGCUGGAACCUGAACAUUCUUUUAAACCUUAAAAACAAUUUAAAUGAUUAAUCAAUUGCUAAAAUUAGGUUAAUUUUCUGUCAGUGGGAUCAAAUUGUUCAACUCUAGAUGUGCCACAGGACAGGAAUAACUAACUUAAUUUGAAAGUAAUAAAUAGUAAUUUAUUAUAAGUGGCAUAACGUUCAAUACAGGGUGCAUCAUAACUUGUUUAGGACUCAAAACAAGGUUUAGUCAGGACUUGGAGUUAACAUGCACUUCAUAAACAUGACCUGCGACCCAGUUGUGACUUUCCUUGUGUUAUGAGAGAGUUCUUGCAUAUGUCCAUGGUGCUAUGUCUAUUCAAACAACUGUUCAUAAAAUUAUUAGAAGUUUCAAAUAAAAUGCGCUUUGCAACUUUACGUUUACAAUGUGCAAAAAAUAUGGCUCGUUUUCAAUUUCUGCAGCUUCACACAGAGCUUUCAUAAUGACUUGUACAGGAAAUGAACAGACAACACAGCCUAUAUGAGUAAUUCUGCUAUGCGUUACUCUAAUGACACAUAUGUGUUGUAUAGGUUGUGAAAGAAGCUUUCUGAGAAAAUGACAGUUAAAGUAGUUUACUUCACGGUCCUCAUACGAAGGCCGACUUUGGAGAAGUUUGGCAACCAAAACAACACCCCAGGUUUAACACACGCCCAGAACUCAUUCCAGCCAAUCAGAGACCGCUUCCCUGUGUGUCAAACAAAUCAGACACGGAGAAGGCGGGUCGCUCAGACUGUUGCUAGGGUAUGUCUAUGAUGACUUUUACACCGCCAAGCCAAUCAAAUCAUAGUUACCAUUUUCAGCCUCUUCAUUGGCUAAGACAGACCAAAGAGCUCUCCUGCAGCCUUUUCCUAUUGGACAGAGGUGCGAUCGCUCAUUUCCCUGAGUUUUAGUUUUGGGUGCUGUUGAUACUGUAGUUUUGGAGUCAUCAAGACUCAGAAGUGAAAAUAGCUUCCUUCAUACAUCGCUCUGCAACAGUUUUUAACUUUCCAUUCCACUAUUUUAUGACCUGUACAUUUAUGUAAAUAGAUUUCUAUUUUUAUAACAAGACAACAGCAAGAUGGAACUUAAUUCUCUUUUAAUUUUGCUGGAGGCUGCAGAGUACUUGGAAAGAAGAGACAGAGAGGCAGAACACGGUUAUGCGUCUGUUUUACCGUACAGUAGCGACUUUUCCAGAAAGAAAUCGAAAACCUCGCCAAUUUCCAGAAAAACUCAGAACAAUAGAUCGUCACACAAUGAGCUGGAGAAACACAGACGUGCCAAACUACGGCUGUACUUGGAGCAGCUGAAGAAGCUGGUGCCUUUGGGUCCAGACAGCACGAGACACACCACACUCAGCCUGCUGAAAAGGGCCAAGAUGCACAUCAAGAAGCUGGAGGAGCAGGACAGGAAGGCUUUAAACAUGAAGGAGCAGCUGCAGAGAGAGCACCGCUACCUCAAACGCUGCCUGGAGCAGCUCUCUGUGUCAGGAUCUGUUGAACGCAUCCGCACCGACAGCAUGGGCUCCACCAUCUCCACCGACUCCGAGCAAGAGGUGGACAUCGAGGGCAUGGAGUUCACCCCCGGUGAAGCGGACAGCGUGGACAGCAUCAGUGAUGGUGAGGAGGAAGACCACUACAGCCUCCAGAGCAGCUCCAGCGACACCAGCUACACAGCCACACAUUCCCACAGACUGCAGCCGCACCACUGUUAGACAUGGCGCGGCCUUGAAUUUCUCGGCCAGCUCCCUCAUCUGUUUUUCUAUCUUCGCCCCAGCUUCCAUGUGCAAAUGCCAACGCUGCCAACUACCUAUAUGAGCCCAGUCCACAACGGCAGUACACCCUGAACCCCCUCCCCCCGAAGACCACCGACUGUACUGCUUUCACCCGUCCCUCCUGACAUUCCCUGCCCUCCCCCCCCCACCUAGUGUUGCUGCAGGCUCAGAGAGAGCAGAGCAGAAUUUGUGGUUUUUAAAUCAGCGACGCCUGUGGUGUGGUGGACAGCUUUGACUUGUUAAUCAGUAUUUUGUAAUGCUUGCGUGUAAUGCACGCGUGUGCCUGAGAAAAAAAAACUCAAGUGAGGGAGAGGUCAAACACAAAAGAUGAGCUUCAUGUCAUCUUCUUGUGACAAUAAUACACAAACAGUAUGUGAUAUCAAAGGCAAAGAAAGCACUUCUGUUUGUUCUGCAAUAUAUGCAACACUGGGACCUCGAAGAUGUAUUUGCAUCAUACGGUAUCUUCCUUUUUACACAGUAACAUUUAAAGGAGUAGCUAUUGCAGAUUUCCUGGACACUCCUUGAAACAUUUGACCUAAAUAAAUAGUUUGACACUUGGGGAAUAUGCUUAUUCUUUGACUUGCCAAGAGUUAGAUGAGAAGAUCAAUACUUAUAAGAGCAAAGUCAGUCCCAAAAAAGGACACAAUGGCUUUAAAGUAAAACUAAGAAUAUUUGAUAUUCAUGUAUGUGUUGAAUAUUAGUGGCUCUCAUGUCACUCUCGUGUCUGUACAUUUAAAGGAUAAGGCCGGCCAUUUUCUAUAUUAACAGUAUGACACUCUCCAUACAAAGGCUAAAACCAACAAUGAUUAGCCGCUACUCUCUGCUAAU